AUGCCCAUAGACUUGCACCCAGGGAAACGUAUCUGUCAGGUUGUCAAACUUAAACCUGAAUUCUACGACGAGUACGUCAAAGUUCACGCAGCUGUUUGGCCUUCAGUCCUGGAAUUACUCUCCAAAUAUCACAUUGAAGAUUACUCCAUUUUCUAUCUGGAGCAGUAUAAUUUAUUGAUUGCUACAAUGAAAUAUCUGGGCGACGACUAUGAAGCAGAUUGUGCCAAGAUGGUAGAAGAAGACGCAAAUCUCAAAUGGUGGAAAAUGACGGAUGAAAUGCAAGAGUCUCUGGUUGCCGGAAGUCUGGGCAGUGCUGACAGUAAAGGUUGGUGGCUAAACGUGCCAGAGGUGUUUAGGCAUGACCACUAA